AUGGAGAAUCAGCGUAAACACAAAGAUAUACGCUUGGCUACGAAGAAGGAACAGUAUGAGAAGCUGGUGAUGAAGCCCAACUUCAAGGGUAGCACAUGGUUCUCAGAAACACUGAUGGGUGUUGAAAUGUCCAAGAUAAAGAUCAAAAUGAAUAAGCCGAUAUACCUGGGACUGGCAAUUCUCGACAUGUCCAAGAUGAUUAUGUACGAGUUUCACUAUGAUUACAUGAAGCCGAAAUAUGGUGAUGACGUGAAACUGUGUUACAUGGAUACUGAUUCAUUCGUAUACCACAUCAAAACCAACGACUUUUACAAAGAUAUCGCCGAUGAUGUGUCUGCUAGAUUUGACACAUCGGGAGCGAAGACGUACGCAUACAAACAGCUAUGUGGUAGGGAGGAUAAGAGGUGCAAGGGGGUCAAGAAGUGUGUGCAAUCAGCAAUUAUUGAGCUAAAUGUUAAGGGAAAGUACAUGCUAAAAAUGGUCCAAUUCUUAUUAAUGACAUUUUUUUUCUCUGGUGUGUUUUCUUUCAAUUAUGGUGGCAUUCCAAAGGAGUUUGAUCAAAGAAAUGCACAGUCAAUCAUCAGCUUAUUGGAAUCUAACAAUACAAUUUUUAAUGCUGAGAAUUUUGACCUAAAAGAACUUUAUAACCUCAAUUGGAUUAGCAUAUUGGCUGAUGUCAUAAAAGCGUAUAAUGGUAGCAAAGCCAUGAAGCUUGGUGAUUUAUCUGAGGAAUGUCUUAAUUCACUGCAACCAUAUGCAUAUCUUCUAAAACUUAAACCUUCAGAUCUUAAUCCAGCAGUUUUAUGGAAAAUUUUAACCUCUCCAGCUGGAAAAAUGUUGGAUUCUUGGGGAAAAGUACCAGAGCGUGUACUUCUUGGCAAUUUGAAUUGGAUUGGUGCAUUUGAUGAAUGUAAUGGUGAAAAUGGUACAAAGUAUUGCAUGUCAACAAUGAAUUUGUUCAGAACAGCUUCAUUUCAAGGAUUUUAUGGCACAUGCCUACCAAAGCAGUGUAACAGUGCUGAUGUUCAUCAAAUGCUGCAAUUUGUGAAUUUAUUCUUGAAAGGCAUAAUUACAUUUCCACAAUGGAGUGUUACAUUGUGUAAUGAGCCGUUAAAAUAUGAAAGUGGAUUCAUUGUAACAAUAGUCCUGUUAGCUAUCUUAUUGGCUUUAUGUUUGUUCGGGAGUUUCCUAGAAAUUCUACAGGACGUGUGUUUGCCACAUGAUUUGUCACCAUAUAGAACAAUUUCCCAUCAAAUUGAUGAUACACCUGCUACAAAGAAUGAGUUGUCUUCAUUUGAACAAGAGCAAAAUGGUAUUCAUGUUCAAGACGAUAAUGCAGUUACAAUUACAAAGCCUGCGGUGCGAGGUAACAUAAUUACACGGCUUUUCAUUUGUUUUUCAUUUAUUAAAAACAUGAAAGCCAUACUAUCUACAAAAGUGCCCAAAGGUGCGAUCGAAUCGAUUAAUGGCAUACGUACAAUUAGUAUGACAUGGGUUAUACUUGGACAUUACUACUUCUUCGCUACCAUUGUCGGUCAUGUCGAUAACAUGUUGGAUGUUGGGAGUAUUAUUCACAGGUUUAGUUUCAUGCCAGUUGGAAAUGCGUUUGUCUCAGUGGACACCUUUUUUAUGUUGGGCGGCCUUCUUGUAGCAUACUUGACAUUGAGGAGAAUGGAGAAGUUUGCGAAUAUGUCGAUCAUCGCAAUUAUUUUCUUUUUUCUGAAGUUUUAUUUGCAUCGAUUUAUAAGAUUGACACCCUCCCUCGUAAUGCUUAUUUUGAUAUGGAACAAUAUACUUCCCUUAAUGGUCAGAGGACCCUGGGCCCUUUGGCUACAACAAGGUGUCUAUUUGGAAAAUAUGAAAAAGCCGUGCAAAGAUUAUUGGUGGACGAAUAUAUUGUAUAUAAAUAAUUUCUGGCCGAAAGGAUUUGGUGAUGAGUGCGUUGGAUGGACUUGGUAUUUAGCCAAUGACAUGCAAUUUUAUGUAGUUUCGCCUGCCAUUUUAUUAGUCAUGUAUUUUUUAAACAAAAAACUACGGAGUGCAACGCAGAGACACGUGGCCGUCUUUCUGUUCAUAUCAUUGCUCUGCUUCAUUUCUUUUGUCAUAACUGGCACCCUCAUUGGAUAUUACGACUUGCCAACUUUACAAUCUGCAACUGGCUUACCCGGGAACCCACGCCACAAAAAUGGUGGAAAGUAUUCAGAUUACGUCUAUGGCAAACCUUACACUCGCAUACCACCUUACUUGGUUGGAAUAUUUUUGGGGUAUGUGCUGUCAAAGGAGAUUAAAUUAACACGUACUAAGCUGGUUACAUUAUUUGGUUGGGCGGCAGCUAUAAUUGUUGGCUUGGCAGUUGUGUACGGCCCUUGGCAUGUUUUCAAACCCGAAGGCCAUUUCUUUAACAACGCAGAAAACGUAAUCUAUGGAGCUUUCUUCAGGUGGGCUUUCACAGCUGCCGUGGCAUGGGUGGUAUAUGCGUGUCAUAAUAACUGCGGUGGAUUGGUAAAUAAGUUUUUGUCGUGGCGUUUUUGGAUACCAUUGAGUAGACUAACAUUCGGCGCAUAUUUACUUCAUCCACUUGUGUUGAUUUAUUUUUAUACUGUACAUCAAAAAUCGUAUUUAUAUCAAGACAAUUUGAUGGUUUUCAACUUCACCGCUGUUACAGUAAUUUCGUAUGCCAGCGCAUUUGUAUUUGCCCUGCUCGUCGAGUAUCCCGUACAAAACCUGGAAAAGAUUUUUUUAACUUGAUCCAAUGAAGUAAGCUUGCACAUUUUUUCUCCAGGAAAAUUUUGAUUUUUGGGAAAAAUGAGAAAAAAUGUGCAUAUAUUUCCAAUGAAUAUAAAGUAGGAAUUUAGUAAUAAUUGUUUCGUUUUGUUUUAAUUUGUAAUUAUGGUAUUCACAUUUUUAUAAUUUUUAUAUAUUUUAAAGUUACAUAAGUCUCUGCAUGUUAUUAAUUUUAUAUAGAUCUUAUAUUUUGUAUAAUUUUCGCAUUUUAAAUCUAAAUCUGUUUUAGAGAGCAACUUUUUGGCGGCAAAGUUUGAUUCAUGCAAUGCAUUUUUUUAAAUUUUUCUCAGUUUCAUUUAUCAACUUCUCCAAUAUAAAAAUUGCAAGCUAACUGAGAGUUUCUACUAUUCAAGUUUAUUUAUUUAUUGACUUCUGAUUGAUUGAUUUGAUCUUCCACAAAUGCAAGUAUCGGCUGUUUUCUUCGCAGGCUGGUGAAAUAAAGCUCUAUAUUUUGUUGCAAGUUAUCCGCUCUGUUGGGAAUGUAAAAAAAUGUCAGGAAUUUUCGGAAUAAUGUCUAAAUGUCGGGAAAAAAACCGGAGUUGCAUAUUAGCAGUUAUUUUUAAAUGUCAAUUCAGUCGGUUUAAAUGGUCAAUCAAAUCUGGGAGGGAAGAUCAAAUCUAUUUUUAAAAAUUAAAAGAUUGCAAAGUUUUUAGAGUAAUCCAAAGUUUCAAUAAAAUUAAAAUUUGGUUCAAAAUAGCUAGUACAAUAAGUGAAAUCUCAGGAAUCUUUGACAAAUAAUGUAAAGGAAUAUGUCAGGAAAAUAAUUUGUAAAAAUUGAAUGCAGAUAAAACCCACGCAUGCGUGUGAAAAAUUGUUGAUGGAUAUUUAAUUUAAAGUUUUCUUCAUCACAAAAUAAUAGUGAAGCUAUGUUAACCAUAUCUGAUCUUACGAUUUAGAGGCUGUUUACAAGCUAAAUGUUUUUACACAUAAAUUUUUAGUUGCUGUAAAAUUUGUUAAGUUGAUCAUAUAUAACACACCAAGUA